AUGGAUCNACUAAAACUUUCUUACUGUCCGAAAGGGGGAAAACCUUGUAUCAGAUGGAUCGAAAAGUACUUCAAGGAUUGUCUGUGCAACGUCGACGAUGAAAUAUCGUUUGGUUUCGGAAUUGCAAGUUUAAUUUGUUGGGGAAUUGCAGAAAUCCCACAGAUUAUUACCAACUUCAAUAACAAAUCUGCCGAUGGUGUCUCUUUCGCAUUUCUUUGCACUUGGAUUGUUGGUGAUGUGUUCAAUCUUGUAGGCUGCAUUCUCGAACCUGCUACUUUGCCCACCCAGUUGUACACUGCAUGGCUCUAUACGACGGUCACAAUCAUAUUGGCACUCCAAUGCAUUUACUACAACCAUUUUCUUCCGUGCUUGAGAAGGCGACGUAAAACUGAACCAAAAGCUGAUAAAGAAGAGAUCGAUGCUCCAAAAUCCAAGUUCCAAGAAGGAAGAAUAACAGCAUCAAAUGUACCUGUUGAGGUACCACAUAGAAGGAACUUCUACUAUAUGUCAGCAAGAUCUUUGGCUGGAAGUGAUAGUUCACCAAUGAAUCAGUGUUAUAUAAAGGCGAGGAGCGGACCUCCUGCUUUGGAACACGAUUCAGAUUCCUCAUCUGAAGAUGAAUCAUUUCUUCCUGUCUCCAACAAGCCUGUCAUUGUUAGUCAGCAUCGUAAUAUUCCUCGUCCCUUGACCGUUCCGCUGGGGCUUCCACUCAAAGAGGAAGCCCUGCGCUGCACUCCAGUGUUGAAUUUCUUGAUCCACGAAAUGAGUUAUUUAGGGGUUCUUGCCCGAGAUGAGUUCUUGCNAGAAAAUGCAUAUGGACAAUGGUUGGGUUGGUUGAUGGCUGCAAUAUAUAUGGGUGGACGAAUCCCACAAAUUUGGUUGAGUAUCAAAAGAGGGAGUGUAGAGGGCUUGAACCCUCUGAUGUUCGUUUUCGCACUCAUUGCCAAUGCAACAUAUGUUGGAAGUAUUUUAGUGAGAAGCACUGAAUGGAAGAUGAUAAAAGCCAACAUGCCUUGGCUGCUGGAUGCUAUUGGCUGUGUGCUGCUUGAUCUUUUUAUAAUCCUUCAGUACAUCUUUUACAAAUACAAGAAGCAAAAGAAAAGCCAGCGCCAAGAAGAAGCAAGUAAACCUUCGUGUUGA